AUGUACAGCUUACCAGUCGAGCUUCUCGAUAGCAUUGCGCAGUAUCUUUCUUACUCUUCUCUCGCUGCUCUUGCUCAAACAUGCUCCGCUCUCUGUCCAGUGGCACAACGCGUCCUCUAUUGUAGUGUAUCGGCUUCCGCCUGGUCGCAAAACUUAUGUGUCAUUGACACUCUUGCGAAGAAACCGCAUGUCGCCCGUUUCGUGCGGUCCUUUUAUAUCGCUAUAGAUUCGCUUGCUCCCGUCUUCCUCGCUUAUUAUCGCCAACUUGCUAAAGCCAUUCUUAAUAUGUCAGAGUUAACCUCUCUUACUCUCCUCGUGGAUUCGAGCGUGAGCUGGGUGUUGAAGGAAGCGUCUAGUCGUAUUCACUUCCCGCACUUGCUUCAGUUCACCUGCUCCUUCUCUUUUGAUGGAAACGUCGCCCGGUUCCUUGAUAGGACGCCGUCACUUCUUGAGCUUGAAGUGGAUUCUAUUCCUACCAUGUUCACGCGCAAUUCCCCACUCCCUUACCUUGCUCCAACUUCUAUUCCCCAACUGCAACAGUUCAUUGGCUCAUCCCGGGCAGCUGAAUUAAUUGUUCCCGGCCGUCCCGUCAGCAGUAUUCAUCUGAACGGCGGGGGUCUUAUGGAGGAUGAUAUUCCUCUACUUGCCCGCUCGACUGUCCCUGUGGUCAUUCUGGGAGCCGUUACAAAUGCACCUCCUGUGCCCUUCUUGGAAACACUGCACAGGCAUGUGCCUCACUUGGUCUAUUUGCGAGUGAUGUCAACCAAGGACAUCUUCAUUGCUCCAACUGCCGAAUUCUAUGAGCAGGUGGCCAGCGUUCUGACGUCCUUCACAGAGCUCAAUGCAUUCGAGCUCUCCGGGAUGCACUGGGGCUCUCAGGUAAAGCAAAAUGACGGCGCAAAGAGGGUUUGGCAAUCAGCGCCCCUUCAAGCCAGGAACCAUUCUGAGGAUGACCUGCUUUUUGGUUCAGAAAUCUUCCUUGCAUAUUGA